CAGGGCGCUGCUCGUUAACACAGGCGCAGGGUAGGUUUGGUUUCCCUCGCGACCCGCGGGCCGCGAAUCGUUCAAUACUUCUACCACGCCGCCGUGAGAUCGGAUGUCCGCGGCUGGCUGCCUUGAUGCAUCAUGCCGCUUCUCCUUAGAAGCAAGCUUACCCAUGUCGUCUUCCACUGGGCUGGGCUGCUGCAACCAACGCACAGGGAUAUUAUUCGUUGCUGGGGACUGAGGAUGGCGGCAGCAGUGACACGAUGGAAAGGGAUAUAAAGAUUACGGAGAGCCAUUCUCGAAGCGUCAAAGUCAAACAGCCCAAGACACGAUGGCCAACCUCGAAAGGCAAGGGAAGGAAUAUGCUGGCCAGGUCGCUUCCCGCCUCGUCCAAGUCGCACUCGGAGACAGGAAGAAUCAACCAAGACCCAAGACGAAGAAAGGAGAGGACGUUGUUGUCGAGGAGAUCAUUCGGGUCGCCGCAGCAGGCGUGGGCCUCGUGUCUGAGGCUAUCAAAUAUCGAAAAGAGAAGAAAGCCUUGCAGGAGCGCAACUCGAUGCCAGAUGCCGGUCACGAACAGCCUUCCCCUGAGCCGCGUUCGCAGCAUGAGGCACAGGAUGGCAACGCUGAGUGUCUGACCUCACAGCUGCAGGAGACCAUCUCGGAGCCGGGCGCUGGCGAUGCAACAGCUUCAAACGAGGACCAAGAGACGGCCAAGGAUGCUGUAGACGGUCAGAGCAAGAAGAAGAAGAAGAAGGAGAAGAAGAAGAAUGCCUUGCAACUGGCAGACGAGUUCGUUCAACGCUACCCAUUUUCUCCUCCCCUGGAUACAGAUGCGCCCAGGUCGAAGCUGGCUCUGCCCGUCAUCCUUCCUCAGAGACGACCCAAGAGCCGCUCCCGAGGCUUCGUGCGCGCCUAUGCGCCCGCGCUCGCCGAUGUUGGCAUCGAGCAGGACUGUUUCCUCGACUGCGUCGACGCGCUCAACCUCUCCAUGGUGCCGAACGAGUGGUUCCAGGCCUUCAACCUAGCUGGAUUCGCCGAUGUCAUCCUGAUGGAGCCGCUGCUCACGCUGGCGAGCAUCGCACUGCACGUCGCCACGGAUGCUGCCAUUGAGGCGCAGAGCCGCUACCGAUCCAACAAGUUCCUCGACCGCGUCAAUGCAGAUUUCUUUGCGCCCCGGGGUCUCGUGGCAUUUGUGGCGACGUGGAAGCCGGACUCGACGGACCAGGUUGUCAGCAUGGACUUUGAGGGGGAACCGGCUCCGCCGGACAAGCAGCCGCCCAAGGCGACGAGCUUUGUGGACAAGCUCAAGGAGUUGGAGCGGGUGACAUCCAGCAAGGAUGCCCAACGGCGCAUGAUGAAGCAGGUUGAGCACAAGAUUCGCCCUCACAGCGGCCCCAUCGGAGGCCUUGAACCUGCGCCUCUCGUCUUUCCGGUCCCAAAGUCGCCUCCCGACCAGGUAGAGGGGGGUCGCAAUAGCGACAAGAAGAAGAAGAAGAAGGCAAGGGGCAUAUCCCGCGCUGGAGUCUGGCUAGAUGAGCACAUGGAUCGUCAUUCACAAGCCAAAUGGCGCGAAGAGAACCCCAAGCUUCCCAUGGCCCAGAUGCUGCCAGCACCACAGUUCCGCUCACGCUAUGCAGAUCCCAACCAUGCUGCGGCAAGCGGUAGCUUUAUCGAUCUUGUGACGGGUGGCAGGUGGGCAGUUGGCAAGGAUCCGAGGAUGACCAAGGAAGAGGAGCUCGAGGCGACGAGAGAACAGUGUGAUAACUCCACGCGCGAAGAGAGGGAUGAAAAGGAGAGGGAGAAAAGGGAGCGAGACAGUAUGGGCUGGAUGAGCCUGAUCAAGAUGGACGUCAUGUACCUUGUUGUCUGCAAUAUACCAACAGAGCAAGAGAUGCAGACGGUUCGACGGUACAUGCACGGCGGCACGCCUGAAUGCUGAUGGGGAAUGUGGAUGACGACUCAAGGCUUUGGCGAUGCACUCUACAUGCGACUGGUUGGGCGAUUGACAGCAAUGAGAGGUAGCAUAGCUAUUGGCUCGCAAGCAUUAUGAGGCUCAAGGGCCGCAAAGGGCGAUAGAAAGGUCUAAACGUACUUUCGGUACUAGAUUCUGCUCCCCAGCCCUGACGACUUUGUCGAAAUAGCACGGUACUAUGUGGCUGGAUAUGUCAGUGUGCGCAGACACUGUGUGUAUCUAUGAGCGGCAUUCGAUAGCUGAA